CCAUGCAUCUACAAAAUCAUAAAGUAGUAGGUGUGAAAUUAAUGGCACAUUAUCUGAUUUCCACCAAACUCUGUAAAUGGCAAUGGCUGCAAGAUUGAGUGGAGUCAUUUCUUGCAAUUGAAAAUCAAGACAAGAAGCUAAGAGAGGAAAAGAGAAGUUGUUCUGCUUUGACUUACUCUUUCUUGUUACUCACUCGAUCCAAAAACCGACCUUAAUUCUUCAUAGCAAUCGAAAUUCAUUCCUCCCGCCGCCGCCGCCACAACCAGAUCUAGAGAAUGACGGCAUACGGCGCAGUGAAUUCUCUGAGGAAUACACUUGAUUACAUUUUCCAUUCUUCUCAUUCUAGCCUUGUGGGGUCCUCUCCAUAUAUCUUACAUUCUCCAUUGCAAGCUAUUCUGGAAAAAUUGGACAGCACAAGCACAAGCAAGAGCAGGAAGAAGGUGAAUGCUUUGGAUGGAAGAAUCAAAGACUUGAUUUGGGAAUUCGAGGGACAUAUUGGAAUCCCUUCUCUAUCAACAGAUUCUUUCACAAGGCUUAUUGGAAUCUCCUCCCUCACAGCCACAGAUUGUAAGAAACUUCGACAUGGCAAAGAAUAAUGAAUGAAUCUCAUGUUACUUCCUUGAUGGAGAGGCUCAAGGAAAUGGAGGAGGAAUACGUUUAUGAAGUAGACAAUAUGCCUGAAGACGACGACGAGGUUGAAUCCAUUUCCACAAGAAGUGGGACCAAGCCCAAGAUGAUUAGAUUAUCGAAUACAUUUCAACACCUCAAAGGGCAAGUUAUGAAAAAUGAGUAUGAGCAUUAUAUCUUCGCACUCGUUGGAACUGCAGGUGUUGGGAAGACUACUCUUGCUGAGACACUUUUUGACGAUCCAGAUAUCUUGGGCCAUUUUGAGCAUCGUGCAUGGGUCACUGUAGGCAGAAAAUCUCAAUCCGAUGAUGUUUUAAGAAGCAUUCUAACUCAAAUGUCUGGAAUCACACAAGGAAAGAAAUGCCUCAUUGUGCUCGAUGAUGUAUGGGAGGGACAGACAUUGAAGUCCUUGAUGAUUUCCUUAUCGAACAUGCUUGAUGCAUCAAUUCAUAUCUUGGUUACUACUCGAGACAGUAACGUAUUUUUCUCGAGGUCUUUCCUUUAUACGAUAUUCGUGCCGUUUUUGAAUGAGGAAGAAAGUAAAGAGCUACUAUGCGAGAAGGUGUUUGGUGAAAAGGAUUGCCCUUUUCAGCUUGACAAGGCUGUUACCAAAAUUGCCAAGAAAUGUGAAGGUCUUCCUCUCAUGAUAGUCACAGUGGCGGACAUCCUAUCAAAAUCCCAGAAUACCGACCCAAAAUACUGGGACGAUGUAGCAGAAAUGAGGAAUUCAGUCUUCACGGAUGCAUAUAAUGAGAUAUCAAAGGUACUUUUCCCAAGUUACGACUACUUACCUCAAUAUCUUAAAAUGCCUUUUCUGUAUCUGGGAGUCUUCCCUCCCGAUUAUGACAUCCCUCUUUCCAAGAUGAGGAAUAUGUUGGCCACUGAGGGAUGGUUUCAUAGAGGUUCUGUCUGGGAAUGUUUGGACGAGCUUUGUACUCAUAGGAAUCUUGCUUUAUCCAACCAUAGUACUGGGCAUAUUAGUUAUGCCAUUCCCAAGAUUAAAACUUGCCGGUUUCAUUCCUCGUGGCGGUACGUGUGUAGAGGAGAGGCUCGGAAGAACAAGUUUUAUCAUGUCUUGAAAAAGCUUGUUGAUGGCUUAGAAGAUGAUGUAGAAGGUCAGCGUUGCUUGUGUCUUGAAAAUAACCUUUUAUUUGGCAUCAAAGAAUUUUGCACCUCGGUGAGAUUGAACUGUGCAUCCUCUGCACGUUCUCUCCUUUUUUAUGGUCCAUACCAACAAUAUCCGGUCUCAAUAGGUGAUGAUUUCAAGUUGCUUGGAAAACUAGAUGCUCUUAUCUGCGUUUGUACACUUUCCCUACAGAGAUUCUGACACUAGUCCUACUAAAGUACCUUGCUCUAACUUGCAACGGAGAACUCCCAACAACCAUAUCCAAACUUUUCAACCUUCGUGUCUUGAUUGUCCAUCCGCAUAGCAACAUUAGAAUUUGUAGAGCUCCAUCGUAUGUACCAAUACAAAUAUGGGAUAUGAAAGAGUUAGAGCAUAUCGAGAUAUUGGGGAAGAGCCUUGUAGCUCCAUCUCAUUCUGCUUGUUUGGAAAUUCUCUCAACACUUGUAGGUGUGAAUGCCAACACUUGCACUAUCCUGGAGCUUUCCAGAAAAGUUCCUUGCAUAAGGAAAUUUGGAGUUCAAAUCGAGCUAACGCCUUAUGAUGAUCAUAAUGACCUUAUCAAUUGCUUUGGUUGUGUUUCAACACUUGAAAGUUUGAAGACACUGAAAUGUAGCAUCAUAAAUCCUGUGGUUAAGUACGAUUAUGCGUUUCCUAGUUCAUCGAUGAUGUUUCCAAGUGGAUUGAGAAAGUUACAUUUGAGUGGCAUGGGUUUUCCUUGGGAAUACAUGGAUGUAAUUGGCUCUUUGCCAUAUCUUAAAGUGCUCAAAUUGCGAGCCUACGCCUUUCUGGGUUCAAAGUGGGAAGCGCGAGAUGGAAGUUUUCUGAAACUUGAGUUUCUUCUAAUUGAAGACAGUGAUUUGGUGCAAUGGAAACCAAGUUCUGGAAGCUUCCCUGAGCUUAGACACCUAAGCAUGAAACAUUGCUACAAACUAGAAGAGAUCCACCGGCUUUCUCAUUGUACAUGCGGAGGAAAUAUUGAGUUAGUGAACUGCAAUCCUAAAGCUUUGAAUUGUGCUGAGCUAUUACAACCGUGUCCAAUGACUUGGGUUGAUGUUACUGCCAUUUAUUCUUUUGACGAGAAACCCAUUACUAUCAUGUUUACGAGGUAUGGGUCUAAAGAAGAGACAUGGAAAGCUCGUGAUGCAGAUGUUGAUGAAGAUUCCUUCCGAGUUAGAGUUGUUCUGAGCUUGGGUCUGUGCUUAUAUGAGCUCGACUCAUUUAUCGUACUUUUGCUGUUGGUUUCAUGGGGUUUACCGCGCUAAGGGGAUUCGAACCCAAGAUCUUCGGGUUUAGGCAUUAACCAUUCUACUGUUUGACCUGCACACAUAACUUACCUCUUUUAGUUUGUGUCUGCUGGUGUUUAUGCAACUUUGAUGAGUAUCUUAUUUUGUCUACAUAAAUGAUAAAGGAUUACUUAGUCGUCUAUGAUCGAAGAGGGGUUUUGCGCGUUUCUUAGGCGGUCUCCGCUUGGGCAGCUUCUGCCGGCGUUCAGCCGGCGCCCAUCCCGUCAUUCGGGAU